AUGUCGCUCUCAUCACAUGUGAGCAAAGAAACCCACGGGAAUGGGGAGGACGCAGCUUCGUCGCCUAGUGCGUCCUUGAACCAGGGCAUGGACUCGACAUCAACUUCUCUGAGGAGGCUAGUCGUCAUCUCAACUUCGGCACUACUUGCUGUCUCUCUCAUUGUUGUCUUCGUUGCAGACAGCAUGUACGAGCACGCAGAAGGCGGUCCAGUCUCGCAGCUCCAGAAGUCUUCAACAGAGAUCCUUUCUCUGGAAUCGAAGUUGAAGUUGCAGACCGACAAGUUGAACCAGGUCGUCAAGAAUUAUGACUCGAUCAAGGCGCAGGAGAAGAAGCUUCAAGUUGAGGAGGCAAAGCUGCGCACAGAAGCAAGCAGCAUCCGCUCUUUGGUCCAUGAGGCCAGGAACUCUGCCAUCAAGACCAAGUAUGAGAUUCACAACCUGAAAGCUGCCGAUUUCUCCAAGGCCAUGUUCGAGAGCCACAGGAAGGAGAAGGCUCGAAAGAACAUCGCAAAGAAGGCAAGGAUGCACGCGCCUGUGAACGAAGCUCCUCACCCUCCUCCUCCCGCUGCUCGCCAUCCCACAGCAGCUCAAGCUGUGCACGGAAAGGCCCCUGUCACCCCUCUCGUCAAGGCACAGGUCGUGGCUCCCCCGAUGCCAGUCUAUGCCGCCAAGCCGCUGAUCGAGCAGGCGCCUAAGGUUGUGAGCCGACCGGCGUUACCUCCUCGCGCUGUCAGCCCUGUCUACGUGCGAUCAGUCCCAGAACAUGCGAUCAGAGCUCAGGUGGCGCAGCAGCAGCUGCCGAUUGCCCGACAGGUACGAGCAGCUGCCGUGAUGUUUCCUCAGUACGAGAUGAACGGAGAGAACUCAAUCUGGAAACCGCUCCGCAUGCCUGUAGUGAUCACAAACCAGCCCAGUGACGCCUAUCGUCCUCCUCAGUCCCUCGAUCAAGCCACCGACUCAGCAGAGCAGAACGCAGUCCGAGCGCAGCAGCUCGCCUUCCUCCGGUCCCCCCAGUAUGAGCGCCGGAUGAAGGAGACGCAGCGGAGGCAGAUGGAGGCUACCAACUCUCCUUUCCCCCUCCUUCCAAGGCUCCGACCUCUCGGCCCCGAAGCUGCGGACCCCUAG